GCGCGGAGGAGGCGGUGCCGCGGGGUCGUUUCCUGCCGGGAGGUGGCAGAGGGCGGCCGAGUCUCCUCCUCCCGCCCCUGAGGAGGAGGAGCCGCCGCCGCCCGCCGCGCCCGAGACCCGGGAGGCCGCGCCAGCCCGCGGGAGAGGCCGAGCGGGAGCCGCGGAGCAGCAGGCCCGAGCCGAGCGCCGGGGCCGGACGCCGCCCGGAGAAGAUGAAUUUACAACUAAUUUUCUGGAUUGGACUGAUCAGUUCAAUUUGCUAUGUGUUCGGCCAAACAGAUGAAAAUAGAUGUUUAAAAGCAAAUGCCAAAUCAUGUGGAGAAUGUAUACAAGCAGGGCCAAAUUGUGGGUGGUGCACGAAUUCAACAUUUUUACAAGAAGGAAUGCCAACUUCUGCACGAUGUGAUGAUUUAGAAGCUUUGAAAAAGAGGGGUUGCCAUCCAGAUGACAUAGAAAAUCCCAGAGGCUCCAAAGUUAUAAAGAAAAAUAAAAAUGUAACCAACCGUAGCAAAGGAACAGCAGAGAAGCUUCAGCCUGAAGAUAUUACUCAGAUCCAGCCACAGCAAUUGGUUUUGCAAUUACGGUCAGGGGAGCCGCAGACGUUUACGCUGAAGUUCAAGCGAGCGGAAGAUUAUCCCAUAGAUCUCUACUACCUCAUGGACCUCUCCUACUCGAUGAAGGACGAUCUGGAGAAUGUCAAAAGUCUCGGGACCGACCUGAUGAAUGAAAUGAGGAGGAUUACUUCAGACUUUAGAAUCGGUGGGAAUUCACUGAUUGGCUGGAGGAAUGUAACACGGCUGCUGGUGUUUUCCACGGAUGCUGGGUUUCACUUUGCUGGAGACGGGAAACUAGGUGGCAUUGUUUUACCAAAUGAUGGGCAAUGCCACCUGGAAAAUGAUGUGUACACAAUGAGCCAUUAUUACGAUUAUCCUUCUAUUGCUCACCUUGUCCAGAAACUCAGUGAAAAUAACAUUCAGACGAUUUUUGCAGUCACUGAAGAAUUUCAGCCUGUUUACAAGGAACUGAAAAAUUUGAUCCCUAAGUCAGCAGUAGGAACAUUAUCUGCAAAUUCUAGCAAUGUAAUUCAGUUGAUCAUUGAUGCAUACAAUAGACUACAGUUUUCCACUGUCAAGAGGUGCAACGAGGGACGUGUCGGUAGACAUUGCGAAUGUAGCACAGAUGAGGUUAACAGUGAAGACAUGGAUGCUUACUGCAGGAAAGAAAACAGUUCGGAAAUCUGCAGUAACAAUGGGGAGUGCGUCUGUGGACAGUGUGUUUGUAGGAAGAGGGAUAAUGCCAAUGAAAUUUAUUCUGGCAAAUUCUGCGAAUGUGAUAAUUUCAACUGUGAUAGAUCCAAUGGCUUAAUUUGUGGAGGAAAUGGUGUUUGCAAGUGUCGUGUGUGUGAAUGCAACCCCAACUACACCGGCAGUGCCUGCGACUGUUCUCUGGACACUUCCGCUUGUGAGGCCUCAAAUGGCCAGAUCUGCAAUGGCCGGGGCAUCUGCGAGUGUGGCGUCUGCAAGUGUACAGACCCCAAGUUUCAAGGGCAGACUUGCGAGAUGUGUCAGACUUGCCUCGGUGUCUGUGCUGAGCAUAAGAACCCUUGCACAAGUGAGCAGAAUUGCACCAGCCCAUUUAGCUACAAAAACGUGCUUAGUCUUACUGAUAAAGGAGAAGUAUUUAAUGAACUUGUUGGUAAACAGCGCAUAUCUGGAAAUUUGGAUUCUCCAGAAGGUGGUUUUGAUGCAAUCAUGCAAGUUGCAGUUUGUGGAUCCCUUUCCUCAGAAGUCAUUUUGGAAAACGGCAAAUUGUCAGAAGAAGUAACUAUAAGUUACAAAUCCUUCUGCAAGAAUGGGGUGAAUGGAACAGGGGAAAACGGAAGAAAAUGUUCCAAUAUUUCCAUUGGAGAUGAGGUUCAAUUUGAGAUUAGCAUAACUUCAAAUAAAUGUCCAAAUAAGGAUUCUGAAGUCAUUAAAAUUAAGCCCCUGGGCUUCACUGAAGAAGUAGAGGUUAUUCUUCAGUUCAUCUGUGAGUGUGAUUGCCAAAGCGAAGGCAUCCCCGCAAGUCCAAAGUGUCACGAGGGAUAUGGGACUUUUGAGUGUGGAGCGUGCAGAUAUUGCCCAGUAAAAGCAAGAUCCAUAAAAGAAAGAUACUGUUCGUGGUUAUGGCUGGACUUUGCACAUAACUUGUCCCUUGUUUGCUCAUCAUUACCUUCUUAUUUUCCAGAGUGUCCCACUGGUCCAGACAUCAUCCCAAUUGUAGCUGGUGUGGUUGCAGGAAUUGUUCUUAUUGGCCUUGCAUUACUGCUAAUAUGGAAGCUUUUAAUGAUAAUUCAUGACAGAAGGGAAUUUGCUAAAUUUGAAAAGGAGAAAAUGAAUGCCAAAUGGGACACGCAAGAAAAUCCGAUUUACAAGAGUCCUAUUAAUAAUUUCAAGAACCCAAACUAUGGACGUAAAGCUGGUCUCUAAGUUGCC